GGGAAUUAUUUCAUUUCUCUUAUUUGACGUGUUUUUGAAAGAGCAAACAUGACGUAUACUGAGUGUCUUGAAUCAUCCUUGAUAUUGUUUUGUCGGUUGUACAGUUUGUCUCUGCAAUCCUCGCUAGCUUCAAUUUCUCUAAUCUUACACAUUCACAUUGUUUCUCAUUUUAAACAUAACAUAUCAGGAGAAGUUCAAUUUUUUUUCAUUUUUUGGCCUUUGUGAGUUUGAGUGACAAGGCUUUAUUUGCAUGUGAGCUCAAUGGGCUGUCUCUCAUGAAACCAUGAUAAACGCUCCCUUCUUCAAUGUUAGUGAUUUUAUUAAAACAACCUGUCUUGCAUCCGUUAGAAAAACUAAUUAAUUAUGAAUCGUUAUAUACAACUUGAUCAGCUCGGAGAUGGAACAUAUGGUUCUGUUGUUCUUGGGCAAAGAAUUGAUACAGGAGAAAAAGUAGCAAUCAAACGGAUGAAAAGAAAAUAUUUUUCAUGGGAGGAAGCAAUGAAUUUAAGAGAGGUCAAGUCCUUGCAGAAGCUAUCCCAUGCCAAUGUUGUGAAACUAAAAGAAGUGAUACGUGAAAAUGAUACACUUUACUUUGUAUUUGAGUACAUGAAAGAGAAUCUUUAUCAAUUGAUGAAAGACAGGCAAAAACCCUUUCCUGAAUCUGAUAUUCGCAAUAUUUUGUAUCAAGUUCUUCAGGGUUUAGCCUUUAUGCAUCGACAUGGGUUCUUCCACAGAGAUAUGAAGCCUGAAAAUCUCUUAUGUAUGGGCCCAGACCUAGUUAAAAUAGCAGAUUUUGGUUUGGCAAGGGAAAUACGUUCUAGACUUCCAUUUACUGAUUAUGUGUCAACCCGUUGGUAUCGAGCUCCUGAAGUUUUGUUGCACUCUACAAACUACAAUAGCCCAAUUGAUUUAUGGGCUGUGGGAUGUAUCAUGGCAGAACUAUACCUUCUAAGACCUCUGUUUCCUGGUAACAGUGAGAUGGAUCAGAUAUUCAAAAUUUGUUCAUAUUUGGGAACACCAGAUAAGCACGAAUGGCCUCAAGGAUUCCAGUUAGCAUCAUCUAUGAAUUUCAAGUUUCCUCAAUUUUCUCGUACUCAACUUCCCUCAAUUGUACCAUCUGCCAGUAAAGAUGGUAUUCAGCUACUAGAACUCUUACUUAUGUGGGCACCUAACAAGAGACCAACUGCCCAGCAGGCCUUGAGGUACCCUUACUUUCAAGUUGGACAGCGCCCUCCUGCAGGAAACGUCGGUCAAAAAUCAAGACCAAGUGCACAAUUGCUUCCAUUAAACAUUGUUGAGUUGCCAGAUAGCAACCAAAGGAUGGAAUCUGCCAAAGCAAAUCGUGAUCUUAGUUCCUCACUGAAGCAAGUUGCCACAGCAUCAGAGCUGCUUUCUCAGUCCAUAAAUGAAUCCCAAGUUAGCAAACAUAGUUCAUCAACUCUGAUUGCCGAUCCUGACUCCGAUGUUGUAACAGAAAACAUGCAACAUGUGAUGAAAGAUUCCAAGCUCACUUCUAAUCUGGGAUCUAGUUUUAAUAAGGGACCAGAACGCAGUUCUCUCCGCACAAGAAACAGUUCUUUUUCAAACAGUCUUUUUCAAAGUAAAUCCCAGGCUAUGAGUAGUAAUGUUAAAGGAAAUAACCCUGAAAACAAGAAGCAGAAUGUAGUGAGUACUGGUCGCAGACAGGGUGGUGGAGAGUCUGAAAGUAGACGAUCAAGUCUUGCUCAACUCCCUGAAACAAAUAGAUUACCAAAUGCUCCACAACAAGAUCCAGUGAGAGACUUCAUGGCUUCAAUUGGUUUGUCCACUGAUAAAGUUAUGUACUCCCACAAUCAAGAAUUAAGCUCAUCAGCCCAUAGGUCUGUAUUUAACAGAGAAGCACUUAAUUUUAACAAAGGGGGCAAUCAAAAACCUCGUAACUACCCAUGGAAUGAUCAAAGCAAUUAUGAUACAUUUGCAGAUAUAUUAGGGAGCAAAAUUGUAAUGCCAGAUAGUUCCAACAAACCACAAAUGAUGGGACAGAAAGAAAACCGCCAAUCUGCAAAUUGGCAGCUCUCAUCAUCUUACAAUGCUGAUGCAUUUCAACCACGUAAAUUGAGUGCCAAGCAACAUUACCUGGCAGUUGCUCGGUAUGUUGCAGGUCAGAGCACAAAUAUUACUAGAGGUAGAGAUGACUUAAGUCUAGGACUUGGUGAAACUCCUGCGGCUCUCCCAGAAAAUGAAUCAUCAUGGAAUCCGUCACAUUCUCACAUUGACUCUGCAAAAAAUCAUUACCUAUCUAAAUCUAGGUAUAUUUCAGGUCAUACAACAAGACUCCCCCUUCAUGAUUUUGUGAACUCUGGAUCUGAAUUGAAAAAUUCUGCUACUGUUGGUGGAAGUCGUCAAAGUGGGGGUAUCCAUGGCCGCACUGAUUGGGCUGCCAAAUAUUUGAAGUAACAAGAAAUUUCCAAAGCUAAUAAUCCUCAAGCUGUGAUAAUACAAUGUAAGUCAUUUUAUAACUAACAAAACUGCCAGUCAUAUAUCUUGUUUGUGGAGCUGCAAAUCAAGUAGAGGGUUUGUACUUACUCUUGGAAGAGAUUUCAUGUUAGCUUAUGAGCAUUUCUCUUCAAAAAUAUCUCACGUAAUCUUGUCUUGUCUGUUUUUGUGGGAGAACAAUCAGUUUUAAUCUUCCUUGUUACAUACAAAUUUAAUUUUCCUUGCUUUAAGAACUGCUAGAUUUCUAGUAAUAAUUAUAAUAUCUCUAAAAUAUGAUUAAAUUUAUCUAAGACAGAAUUUGUUCAAAACAAUGAAUCAAAACUACAUAAUCACAUUAUAAAUGAACCAAUACUUGUUAAUGCAUGCACUUAGUCUGUCUUUUUCUGCUCAAAGUGACUUUCCUUUGUUUGCUAAUCUUUGAAUUAGCAUGAGAGACCUCAAAUGAAUAAUUUACCUGAGCACAGGUAUUUCUGUACACCUUGUUACAACACAGUUUUUCUGUUAAAGUUUCAAUGUGCAAGGUAUAUUUUAGGGAGAUUUGCAAUUUAAUUACGUUUGAUUGCUGUGUUCAUUACAUCAAAUCUAGUCAGAAACAUAUGUGAUCUACGGCUCAAUCAUUUUUGAGAAGGUCAUCUAGUCUAUAGGUAUUAUAUUUUCAUGUGACUGAUGUGAUUGUUUUUUAUCUUAAUGCAGAGAUAUGAUAUAAACAAAAUGAUUAUAAAAAUAGUUUUCUUAAAACAUCAAGUAGUGAAAACAUUGAGAUUAGAAUGUUUAUUUUUUUAAUGCUCAUCAAUCUGACAUUCAUUGACUACGUCAAAAUUUCCUCAUUUAAUGUUCUUUUAUUGGAUGUUGAAAAUUUUACUUUUUGUCUGCGUAAAGGCAUGAUUGCAUUACCUUACAGAAGGAAUGUGUUUUAUUGUGAUGUUGACACUUUUGGACUAGUUGAAUGUAAACGUUAGAAUCUAGAUGCUAGUCUGGUGUAUAGACAGUGUAUCGUUUGUUAAUUUACAGAAAAUGUCAUCGAAAUACUUGGGACCACUUAUUCCAAUUUCCAAUAUUUGUUGUAGCUGCUUGGAAAACUGGCAUUGAUUUUACCAAUACAUGAAAUCUUAGUUUUUAAGGAUGAAAUUUGUACCUGCCUAUAGUGUUCUGUUAUGGAACACACUAUAAGUGAAGCGUUUGUAAUUUGGUCCACCAUUUUCCGUCCAGGCACAUGCUUUUUGAAAAGGGUGUGUAAUGAUGAUUGUGUGUUUUAGUGGCCUCAAGGUAAAUCAAUUUGAUUAACAGGGUUUUGUUGUUGUUGGUUUUUUUUCAUUUGUAUUUGUACAUUUGCAACAAUUACUUCUAUUUGCACUUUAAUUAAAUAAAUCAUAGAUGUUUAAUUUCAA